CUCAGUCUGGUUGACUUGUUGCCUUUCUGCUUGUAGAAUCGAAAACGGCUUUGGAAAUCACGAACCAAAUGAGGCAAAAUUUGAAGAAACAGAAGGAUAUCCAGCAACAGAUCUAUGAACUGAGUCAGGUUCGACAGGCUGAAAAGGUAACAUUGCAGGAUAUUAUUACAUGCAUUUUGCCACAAAGAAAAUUAAUCCAUGUUUUAUUGCUUUUGCCCAGUUAAUCCUUUCCAGCAAGAUUUUUACUGGUAAACUGUGUGUAUCUGUGUGUAGAUGUGUAGCAUGAACAUAGUUAAAUUAAAGCGGAACCAGAUGGCAGGUGCCAAGGGCACUCAUGAUGAGUGUGAAACUGUUUUGACACAUAGCUGUGGGGCAGCACAAUGGGAUUCUAGGCACCAUAACCACAACAUCCAGCUGCAUUGGUUAUGAUUGUAAAAGUGUUUCUUUAAAUAAAAUUCAGGUAGACCCUUUUUGAUACUCCAAUGGGUAAAGUGCAUAUAUUUUCGGUUGUAUUUUGUUUUUUAACUUAAAAAGCUGUAAAAUUAUAACUGUGUAAUUUUCUUAGGUUGGGAAUACAAAACAAGUCCACCAGUCAAAACCUGAAACUGGUAGUAUAGUGUUUGAGCAUGAGGUGCCUGGCCAGAAAAAAUGGAAACUGGAUUUACAGGUAAAUGAGAGAAAACCAACCAGUAAAACCUUUGAGUAAAUCACUAUUUGUAAAACGGGUUGCCAUGACAGGCUCAUACUUCAUGAACAACACUGUUUUAGCAAACAUACAACAGGAGGUGUUGUGGGUGGAGAUAGCACUCAACCUGGUUAGUCACAAACUUGCUGUGUUCUGGUAAAAGCUUUACCAAAUGCUGGAUUUUGGGGAGAAAUUGAUGGAAUUUACUCACUAAUUCUCAUUUAGAAAAGGUUCAUAGACAAUUGAUCAUUGAAAAAAAAAAAAAUAUUGAGCCACUCGAGAAGUAAUGAAUAUUUGUUUUGGAGACCACAUGCAGGCCCAAUAUGGUGUUGGAUGUCGGAGAUUACACAGAAUCCUCAGAUGAACAGUUAUUAAACUACAUGGAGAAUUUGAACUUCAUUGAUCUCUCCAGGCUUUCCAAAGCCAUUAAUGGGGAUUCCCAUUCCUGCUGACUACAUACAUUCUUAAGUACUGGAAUACAAGUGUAUGUCAUGUUUUGUUUACUGAGACCUUCACAAGCCUCAACCACCACUAUAUUUAUCCUCCUGGCAAAAAUCCAGAAUGGUCAAGAGAAGGUGGCCAUUUUAAAUGCUACCAAAGGCAUAACUCUGUUUUAAUUUGAGGGGAUUGUUCUCACUUUCUUCUCUGGCCUAUCCAGAUCACUUUUCUCUGGUGGAGAUCACUUCAGCCUCUUAAGCAAUCUAUAUCUUCUCAUGAUGACAUGCCAAACCUCUGGGCAUUUCACAUUCAUUGAUCAUUACACACAACAACUGGGAGUUCCAAGUAUCAGAUAUAUAGGAGAUGGAUGCUAUCCUGGGAAACUAGGUCUGGAGUGAGAGUCUCCUGACAAAAAUUAAAGUCCUGCUACGGCUCCAACCAACCCACCAUCAACAGGGUAGUUACAAAAAUAAAAGAUACGUACCUUAUGGAUAACGGCACAGGUCAGAGGUACUUUGAAAAGAUUUGAAAAACUUUUGGAACCAUGGCUAUAUAGCGAUGUAUAGAUUAACCCAGGCAUCACAGCAUUCAUCUACGAACCUCGUCUACCAUAAACUGACAGACAACCUCUUCUAAUGACAGGAGCGGGACCCGAACUGCGGGAACCCGAGAGUGGAGGGUAAAGGUUUCUUAUUGCCCCAUGUCUUCACUAGCAAUAUUACUCCCUCCCCGCACCAGGCCGGUUUUCUUCACUCUACUACUCCUGUUCUUCAGCCCUUUCCUCCCUUUCUUUAGAACUAUCACAUUGCCAUGAUAGUUAGUGAUAUAAAAUUUCAAACAGCAUAUUAAAGCCAAUACAGCCCACCAGCACCAUGUGGCCUAUAAAGGAUCAUUGCUUAAAACAUUAUUCUUCUUUCUCAAAACAAGAGAUCUGCCUGUCGGCACCGAGAAGUAGAGAAUUUCUUUUUCAUUACUAUCUAAUAUUUCCUUUAUUUCUUAAUACCACAAAAUGUGUGAUAGCUUUAUAAGUAGUACAAGUGUAUGCACACAUGCGCUGCAACUAUGACAUUAUGUUGUUACCCUCUUGUAAAUUGACAUUUUGUACAAUUGUUUCACCGAUUGAGCUGCCGUCACACAAAAAUAAAGAAUAAUAAAAUAUAUAUAUAUAUAUAUAUAUAUAUAUAUAUAUAUAUAUAAGUCCUAAGGGACAUUUAUGGGAUCCAGCACAAAUCACUCCAUUUAUAACAGCAGAGCGACAAACUACAUAGCCAGCAGUUACUUGAGUCUCCAACUAUGCUGCUGCUCAUCCUGUGAUGUUUUGUGCCUGACUUUUGCUGUUUUUAUGUUUCUUCUUUUUCAUUCCUGUGGCCCUUUUGUGCUUUUUAUCACAUAGCCCAGAUCCAGCAAACAGUCAGAUUUUUAUUCUCACCCCCCCCCCCUCUUCCCCCAGUUGCUUAUAUAACAAGAGCUGUACAUAGUCUUUUGGCUGUGCCACAGUUUCUCAUGUUUUAUUUACUAGGCUAGCACUAAUGGCUAUCUUAUAGUAUCAUGCAUUUCUUGUUUAGUAAAAAGGGAACAAGAUGAUUGCGCACACAGUGGUAAAACCUCGAAAUUGGUAAUGGUAAAAACAAAGGAGAAGCCAAUCUACCCAUCAUAUGCAACUAUAGCCACAAUAAUAAGGCAUUAAAGAAAAUUCUAAAAAAACAUUGGCCCAUCCUACUACAAGACCAUGCCCUAUCUCAAAUCUUACCAGCAAAACCCAAAAUAGUGUUCAGGGGUGCUGCUAACUUAAAUAGACUCUUGGUAAAGAACCAUAUUAAAAAAACAAAAACCACCACAUUCCUAGAUAAAGGAAAGGGCUUUUAUGGAUGUGGCACAUGCUUAGCAUGCAGGAACUCAAAUAAUAAAAAAAGACACAUGAAAAAAUUUAAGAAUUUUAAUAAUAAUGAAGAAUUCCCUAUUAAAGACCUUAUAACCUGCCAUUCAAACAAUAUAAUAUAUCUAUUAGAAUGCCCAUGUGGUUUAAAAUAUGUGGGACGCACCAAACAAAAUGUACACACUAGGAUUGAAGAACAUAUCAGAAACAUCAAGAAAAAGUUUGAGGGACAUAGUGUAUCACACCGUUUUUCCUUAGCGCACAAUAGCGACCCCACACGACUCAAAUUUAUGGAUAUACAUAAAGUUAAGGGCAAUUGGCGAGGAGGGGAUUUUGCCAAGUUAUUGGGACAGAGUGAGAUGAGGUGGAUAUUCAACCUUGGGACUUUAAAACCACAGGGUUUGAAUAUAGACUUCGAACUCUGCCAUUUUAUCUAAACACAUAUAUUUCAUUAGGUUCCACCAUUUCUUAUAUAUAUGUAUACACUAUUGCAGAUAUAGUAUAUAUAUAUAUAUGAUAUAUUAUUUACAGAUGUACAUAUAUAUCACCCCUCCCCCCCCACCCAGUGGCACAUUAUCACAGGUUUCCACUGUGAAUACCACUUAAAGAAUACAUAACUUAUAUCCCUAGUAGACUCAAUAUAUCUAAAAGGAUAUCCAUUUUAAUAUGAUUUCAUUUAUUACUAUCACUUUAAGAACACCCAUCAAUUCAUUACGAUAUAUCAUUAUAACUAUUGCAUUGCCACUUUAAAUACCACCUCCACUAUAUUGUACUUUUUUUGUAUUUUUCUCCACAUGUACUCUUUACUGUACCAUUGUACGAAAUAACGUUUGGUAAGCUGUAUAUGUGUUUGAGCGCUCCACUUACAGGUGUAGGUCCUUGUUACACCGCACUAAAAUCUACACUGGUAAUUAAAACCUAUAUAAUAUGAAAGAUAAAAAUAUCAUGGUAUAGUAUGUAAACACAAAUCAGAAUGGUGAGAUAACUUGGAACACUCACAACUUAAAGAGCCAGUUAGAAGUUGGCUCUAGACUUCCAACUUCUAAUUGGCUCUUUAAUUUGUGAGUGCUCCAAGUUAUCUCACCAUUCUGAUUUGUGUUUAGAUAUUAUACUAUGAUAUUUUUAUAUUUCAUCUUAUUUUUUUUUAAUUACCAUUACCAACUGCGAGGUUUUACCACUGUGUGUGCAAUCACCUUGUUCCCAGUUUGAUCUACGUAUGUAUUAAGUGUGAAAGUGACAUUGCACUCGGGUGAUUUAUUGACUGCACUGGGUUUUAAUUACAUCGCCAUUGAUCCUUAAAAUGUUUUAGUUAUUAUUUCUUGUUUUAUGUUUGAAUUAUAUUUUUUGUUUUCAAAAAUCCCACAGUUCUGGCAUUUACUCUCUUUUGUAUUUAAUAUUUUGAUUGUACAGAUUUGAUUGUAACGCAUAAGCUUGUGGUGCCCCAACGGCAGUCCUCAAGCGCAUCACUUCAUAUAAUAUUAGGGGCAUUGAUAAAACUUGCACAUUUUUCUUUUAAGUAAGUGAAUAUAUUCAUGAGGCGUAAGUGUCGCUUUAUCUAAGUUUGCAGGCUAUAGUUACAUGCGUAAAGGUUGCUUUAUGAAUGUCUGACUUUCAAGUUAAUCUAAAGCUGUAAUUUCCACGGGUUCUUGGGCCCAAUGUAUUCUAACGUGUGUGGUGCCGGUUGCCAAGUCGGCAUGAGCUCGAGUGAUACACGGGUUUGUGUUCUGUCAAAGCCGUGUGAGUGGCCAUGUCAGGAGCAUGUCCCUGCCCUGUGAUGUUUCUUACUGGAUGUGGUAAAGCAAGUGUGGUUGUCAGGUUUUCAGGUGUGUGCUAUCGAGUGCGGAGUUGUGUGUACUAGCAGGUGUGUUAGUAACUGAGUCCCAGUAUAUAGUCCAGCACUUCAGGUUGGGGUGGAAGUCCCCAGGCAAUCUUUGCCUCGGCUCGACAGUGGAUCUGAUGGGUAGAUUGUGGUCGGAGGGCGGAAGUCGGGCCCGUCUUCCCCAAAGCCCUGGGCUGUCUGGAAGGCCUGCAUCCUUGGGCCACGACCCGAGUAUCUCCUUUGGGAGGCCGGAUCUUGUCCCUGUAAGUGGCUGCACUGUGUCCCGGUGGCGGGCUGCCGUUCAUGGCUUUGAGUCCACCGCGCUGGUGGCCGAUGCUUCGGGAGUGUUCCCCUAGUGGCCUUCAGCCCUGGUGGGCCCAUCAUGCGGGUAUUGGUUUGCAGUGUUGGGAGCGCCCAGGGGAGAACAUUUACUCUCUUUUGGUUGAGAGCUAUGGAUAUGCUGUACUGUCAUAUCAUUAUUAGUAUUAUGAAUGUAAUAUCAAGCAUAUGUCCAAAUGUGAAAAAAACUUUUUUUUUAAACAUGGCAGCAUGGGUAGGGAGACAGGCAAUGAGGGCAACAGUAAAAUUGCUUCUUUCCAUUAGUUGUGUCGGGAUUUAGGGAUUUUAAAUUGUCAUUUUGUGGCUAAAGAAAGGGUAGGGUUAUGAAUUUGUAAUUGGGGGUGACUAAGGGAUUGGGGACCUCUAGCUACCUGGGAAGGAAAGGGGAAGGAAAGGGGGCUCAUGCCACUAUUAUACUGGGUCCUUCCCCCUUUAAUACUAUUAUUAGGGCCCACUCACUGCCCAUGGGUGCGGGCACUGGAUCUUCCCAAGAAAGUGGGAGGGGGCAAAGGGGAGGACACUUGGCCUUCCCCACCUUAAUAUUAUUAUUAGGGCCCACCUACCAUGGAUGGAGGACUAAACUGUCUCCCUAUUAAUUUUAUGAUUGGCAUUGGUGAAGGCAUAGGAGGAGACACUAGGUGCCCCCCCCCCCCUCCCUUAUAUUGUAAUAGCUCCCAAAUAUUGUCCACAGGUGGGAAUAUGGGUAUUUGUUUUGAAGUCCCACACCGAUGCACUCCUCCCCUUCUUUAAUUUACUGUUUUGUACAAUAGGGAAACAAGACAAACAUUUAAGUCUAAUAAACACAUAUGGCAUACAGGAACAGAAGGGAAAGAAGGUCCUAUCCAAACAAGCUUACAAUCUGAAGGGAUGAGGGUCAAAUACACAAUGAGAACUUGAGAAGUGAGGGAAUCAAGUGAUCCUAAAAUACCCAAGGGUAGGAGGGUUGCUUGCUUUGAGGGAGCACAGUGAAUUGGAAAUGACAGAGGAAAGUUGUAGGAAAUGAGGGGUUAAGGGGAGAGCUGAUAGGCUUCUCUAAAGAAGUGUGGUCAAUCUGGACACUAUGCAGUCUGACAAGCAGAGGUGGGAAACAAUGUACAAGCAUGUACAAGACAUCUUAGUAGCAUCCUGAAUAAGAAAGGGGUGAACGCAAGUAAUGUUUUUAAGGUGAAAGAGUCAGGAUUUGGUGAUAGAUUUUAUGUAAGGUGUGAAGGAGUGUUCAGUCAUAGAGCGAGGUUUAAAAUAUUUAGGAAAUAUUCUCUUAUAGUAAUAUGGGGUUCUUAAAACCCUCAUGGGGGUUUUCAACUAAUGCAGCAGGCAAACAGUUCAGGUUUUUUCUUAAAGCAUCUGGGACUGGAUUCAAAGCAUAUGGUCUGGAUUUCAGUGUUUACGUUCAUGGCCUGAAUUGCAAAACCCAGACAUUAAGUAGUUAAAUAGUUUAAGCAAUGUCCAGAUUUUGCAGGACUUUAGUAAAACAAAAACAAGGCAGUUACAUGCAUGUUGUUGGAGAAACUGGGUGGUUGGUUAAAAUGUAAUUUAAAAAAAAAUAUUAUGGAGUAAACAAGUAUAUGGUUUAUCAUGUUACUCACAUUCCACAAUCAAAAUGUCUAUGCAAUUUUGCUUGAUGCCAUUAUUUAGAGAAGGAGACAUCUACUGGUGUUUAUACUGAGGGGCACAGGAGAUUAAAAUUUUGAAUAAAUUACAUAAACUGAAAACUUUGUACUUUCUUCCCAGAAAUCAGUUAAUAUGGGAAAGCAAUCAGAGAAGUUACUGUAUGCCAGACUUCGUUCUGCUGAAUUUGCCUACAAGAAAAAGGCAGCCAUGGUGCAAAAUCUGGAACAUGAAUUAACCAAAAGGAAACAAGAUAACUCUGUGCAGGUAGGUGUUUUUAACUGAACAUUGGCAUCUUUUAAAGGCAGUUGGAAAGGACCCUUUUUUGGCAAAUAAUGUGGAAGGCAGGGCUAGAUUGGGUUGGCCACUGGCUGUCUGUCAUAAAUUCACAGGGUAGAAGCAUUCACAGCUGUGAUUGCUGGGAGAAAACAUUCACAUUGCCCAACUUGUGCUGUAUAGUAAAAUAUAUGGAGGGUAAAAAUUGUAAAAGCACUUCAUUGACGCUGGCCACCCAAUCAAGUCAGACCAAGGGAUUGUGAUCCAUCACAACAUUAGAACAGUGUCUGUGGAUAUAGGGCUAUAGUUUUUUGAGGGAAUAUAGCAGGACAUUUUUCACUAGGACUUUCAUUCUCCAAAAGGUUUCCACUUGAUUAUGUUUCAGUAAUGUGCAGAUAAUAUCCAUCUAGAGCAGUUAAGAUGUGGUUUACCUACAACUGUCACGGACCUUCCAAGCAUAACUAAAGUACAGUCAUGUGAAAAAGAAAGUACACCCUCUUUUAAUACUAUGGUUUUACAUAUCAGGACAUAAUAACAAUCAUCUGCUCCUAAACAGGUCUUAAAAUUAGGUACAUGCAACCUCAGAUUAAAACAACUUUUGACAUAUCCCACCGUGUCAUGAUUUAUUUAACAAUAACAAAAAGCAAAAGUGGAGAAGCCAUGUGUGAAAACUAAGGAAACAGGUGCUGCUAAUCAAAUGCCCUUGAUUAAUUGAUUAGCAGCAAGAGUGAGCUCCUCUAAGUUUUAGCAGUUUGCUGGUCUGGAGCACUCAGGUGUGUGUUAACACAAUGCCCAGUAGAAAAGAUAUCCGCAUUGAUCUUAGAGAAGUAAUUGUUGAUGCUCAUCAAACUGGGAAGGGUUAUAAGGCAAUUUCCAAACAAUUUAAAGUCCAUCUUUCCACAGUGAUAAAGAUGAUGCAACAGUGGAAAACAUUCAAAACAGUUGCCAAUCUUACCAGGAGUGGAAAAAGAACAUGGCAGCACGGCUUUGGUUUGUAAAAUUGCAUCUGAAAACCACAAGACUUCUGAAACAAUGUCGUUUGGAUAGACAAGCCCAAAGUGGAGAUGUGUGGCCCUAAUUUACAGCCGCCCAUUUGGCGAAAACCAAACACAGCAUAUCAGCACAAACACCUCAUACCAACUGUCAAGCACAGUGGUGGAGGGGUAAUGCUUUGGGCUUGUUUUGCAGCCACAGGACCUGGGAACCUUGCAUUAAUGGAGUCAAUCAUAAACUCCUCUGUAUAUCAAAGUAUUCAGUCAAAUAAAAUGUGAGGCCAUAUGUCCGUCAGCUAACGCUUGACCAAAAUUGUGUCAUGCAACAGGACAAUGAUCCCAAGCCACCAGCAAAUCUACAACAGAAUGGCUGACAAAAAAAAAAAGAAUCAAAGUUUUGCAAUGGCCCAGUCAAAGUCCAGACUUCAACCCGAUUGAAAUGCUGUGGAAGGACCUUAAAUGAGCUGUGUAUAAACAAAUACCAGCAAACCUCAAUGAACAGAAGCAACACUGUAAAGAAGAGUAAGCCAAAAUGCCUCCGCAAUGAUAUAAGAGAUUUAUAAAGUCAUACAGUAAAUGAUUACUUUGGCUAUUGCUGCUAAAGAUGGUUCUAUUAUUGGAUCAUAAAGUCUACUUAGUUUUUCACAUAUGACUUCUCCAUUUUGGCUUUUUUUAAAUAAAUCAUCGCAGGAUGUAAUAUGUAAAGUGUUGCUAUUCAUCUGAGGAUGUAUUUACUUAGUUCUAAAACCUGUUAAGGAAUAGAUGAUUUUUUUUUAUGUCCUGAUAUGUAAAACCAUAGAAUUCAAAGAGGAUGUACUUUUUUUGCCCAUGACUGCAGCAGUUUAACAUGUUUGCCACCCUAAAAGCAAACCUUAUCUGCUGAGAAGAGUAAACUGUAUUGGGUACUGGUAAGCAAUUCCCCCUCUUUGUUUCUAACAGAACACUGGUAUAAAGACUUUGACACUCUAAGAAUCAAAUCAACUUUAGCUUAUAGAAGCAGUUUUGGUGUAUAGCUGCAGUCUUACUGCUCAAUUCUUUGCCAAUCACUUUUGUUUCUGUUUAUGCAGCCCUGGCCUAUCUCCUCUGGCAGUGACUUACACAGCUAGUUUUAACCCUGCAGCUGAAAACAUAGCAGUUUCACUGAGGGUUAAUCCAGCCUCUAGUGGCUGUCUCACUGACAGCCGCUAGAGGCGCUUCCGCGAUUGUCACUGUGAAAAUCACUCAGUAAUGCUUUCCUAUGGGCAGUUUGAAUGCGCGCGCAUGCGCAUCCGGAUCAGACGUCGGCAGGGGGAGGAGAGGUCACCAGCACCAAGGGAGUCCAGUGCUGGAGAAAGGUAAGUGACUGAAGGGGUUUUAACCCCUUAAGACCAGCUGGAGGGAGGACCUGAGGGUGGGGGGGGACCUAAUGACCCUAUAUUGCCAGGAAAACGAGUUUGUUUUCCUGGCACUAUUGUCCUUUAACUCCUAAAUCACAGAGAAUUGAGCAGUAAAACUGGAGGAGAAUGAGCCAUACAUCAAAACCAAUUCAUUAAGCUAAGGUUUGUAUUGGUGCUUACAAUGUCCCUUUAACUGCACAUUUCCCUAUGAGUCACUUUCAUUUUAUGUAGACAAAAAAAAAAUCUUCCACUUCCAAAUUUAGAUCAUUUCUAAUUUUGAGCAAUGUUUUCUAGGUGCAAAAACUGCUCUCAGAAGCGGUUAAGGAAGAAAACGACUUGUUUUUACAACUCAGUAGAGAACAGGCUGAGCUAAUGAAGGUAAAUAUUAAUUGUAUACUCUGCUACAUCUAUGUCUCUGAAUGUAAAAUAUACAGACACCAGCCAUGAUAGUUUAUAUUGUAGUACACUAAAAAUCUUUAGUGUAGCUUUUAUUGGUCUGCUCCUAGAGCUUGAGAUAUGAAUAUAUAUAUAUAUAUAUAUAUAUACCAUUAAACAAAAUUAGUAUACAGCAAUUGAAAUACUUUCCAUUAUAGUUCUUUCAGAAAUACAAUCAUUUGCUUUGGGACCUAUUCCUCUAUCUCAUGUUUCUACAUUGGUUUCCUGAACUUACAGCUAACCAGUCUUCAUUAUUCCUAAAUAGUCUGGAACCAUGAAGACUGGUUACAGUGUAAUCUAUAGUUUAAAUAUUUUUCCUAUCCAUAUUUAUUACUUUUUCUAUUUUAGUAUCAGAAUCAGAUGCAGGGCAAUCACUGGAGACUCCUUGACCACAGAUGUCGUUUGCAGGAAGAGAUCCAUCAGUUGGAGCACAUGGAUAAAGUAUGAAAUAACAGACUCUGGUGCAUUGUCUUGUAUUUCCAUCAUUCUCUUUCUCACACAACUCAGAUCAGUAUUAUCUCAAACUUGUGUCUGAAGAGUGAACUUUAUUUUUAAAGUGCUGAUAACAUAAGAUAUAUACUAGCAUGUGUUAUUAAAACUAAUGUGAUCAGAAGCAGAAUUGACCAUUCCUUUGACUCUCCAAAAGCCUUAGGGUUCUAAGAAGAUCAGGGAGUAGUUGCAGGUUGCCUUCCAAUGUCCAUUCAACAUGGUGGUCAGGAUAUCCAUACUAACAAUGCCAGUGAUUGUUUAAGAGGUGACUAAUGCAUUUUACACCAUUUUUUAAAAAAAAAUGCUAUGGGGGCUAAAAUAUGUGUACUGGAUAUGUGCAUCUUGACAUAUACUAGUUUUGAAACUGCCUUUUUCAUGAGACAUGAAUAAAAUCUUGGUAGUUGUAACUAAUAUACUCCAGAAGGUACUCAGACUAAGUGUAUUCUUCCAAAUAAACCCAUAAAUGAAUAAAUAAAUGCUUCCUCCUGCAGGAGCACAAGAGGCUGUCAAGUCGUGGUAUACUGAAAUCAUCAAGGGUGCACCCAGCAGUUGAAGAAGGAAUUCUUUAA